AUGUCUACAAUUUCUCCGAAGACGAAGAAUCAAAAAGGCAAGUAUGUAAGCAGUGGUCAAAAGAUUAUUAUCAUCAAUAUGUUUAAAGAUAUUACAUCGAAGACUUCGAAUGUGAAGCAAAAGGUACAUGCAAUUUGGUUGCGUCGUGAGCUACCGACGAUCGAUAAAAUAUUAUACGAAGUGAACGAAGAUCCAUCGUUUCCAAACUUCAAACGUACCAGUUUGUAUAACAUAAUAAAAAAAUUGGACUUCGUAUUCACUGAAAGAAAAAGGUGCAGUGUGUUGACCGAGCAUGAAGACUUGAUUAAUUGGCGCCGCAAUUACUUAUACGACGUACCCAAAUAUCGCGAAAAAGGAACCAUAUAUUAUUUGGACGAAACAUGGUUGAAUGGAAAUCUUACAACUGGUCCAACCAACCCAACCGGUAAGAGAAAACGACUAAUUAUAUUGCAUAUUGGUUCGGACAAAGGAUUUUUACUAGAUGGUCUAUUAUGUUUCGAGUCAAAAAAAAAUAGCACCGAUUAUCACGACGAAAUGAAUGGUGAUAAUUUUAAAGAGUGGUUUGAAUCUUUUCUUCCUCGACUUGAUCCCAAUUCUAUUGUGGUUAUGGAUAACGCACCUUAUCAUUCCGUCCAAGCAGAAAAAUAUCCAUCUGCCAGUUGGAAAAAAUCCGAAAUAUUGGAGUGGCUUUAUUCCAAAGGUGUCGUUCUUGACCGACCAAUGUUGAAGGCUCAACUCGUGGUUAAAGUACUAUCUCCUACUCUACUAGAAGAUAUUGUUGAAGACAUAGGUGCAAACCGAUACUCAUUAAUAGUCUAUGAAUCUACUGAUGUAUCAAUAACAAAAUACAUGGAAUACUGUGUAAGAUAUUACAGUAAAAGUUUAAAAAGUAUAACAACUGAAUUUCUUGGACUUGUGAUGAUUGAACGUGCAACAGCAAUUGAUCUUCGUGAUGGUACACUUGAGUUUCUAAAGACAAUCAAACUGAAACCAAAAAGAAUUAGAGGUCUAGGAGUGGAUGGAGCAAAUAAUCUUUGUGGUCAACACAAUGUCAAUAUUGAAACUUUGGAGAUACAAUGGCGCAAGUUAAUUACAUUAAUGUACAAUGAUAUAUGUUAUCCAAAUAUUACAAUAGAAGAAAAAGAUACGUCUCAAUUUUGGGUUGAUGUCCUGAAUAUAACCAAUAAUUAUAAAGAACAAAUAUUUCAUGAACUUGCUAUAUUUGUUUUAAGUAUGCUGUCUCUACCUUUGUCGAAUGCCGUAGUAGAAAGAGUUUUUAGUGUGAUGAACGCAGUGAAGUCUAAAGCAAGAAACCGCAUGUAUAUGGCUAUGCUUGAAGCUAUUAUGCGAAUCAGACUUUAUUUAAACGUUCCUACUGGUGGGGUUCAUUUAAGGCGUUCUAUUGGUUUGGCUGGAACGAGUACUGGACAUUUAGCUACCUCCAUUAGGCAGAUAUAUAAUCAAGAAGUUGUGUUGAAUCCUGAAGGUGCACAUGAUUAUACUCAUUUACAGUACCGGUCGAGCCUCAAUAAAAUGAGACGUCGUAUACGCCCGCACCCAUCCUCGAGAUUUUUUCAACAUAAUUUUCCAUUAAUGGUAGAUGGAGAACGUUUAGGAGUAAUAUUUGCAAAUACUGAUGCAAUUGAAAAAUAUAGGGGAGAACUUCAGUCGAUUAUUGUGGCAGGAGUAGAUGGAACUUUUAAGACUGUUCCAAAAAAUCCAACAGAUUUGAAGAAGGGCUGCCUACUUACUUUCCAUAUAGUGUUUAGAAAUAUGUCUUUUCAAAUGGUGUAUGCAUUGACCACAAGGAUGACCCAGUCCACUUAUGAGUCUUUCCUCAGAAUUUCAGAACAAAUUUUACCACUGAACUACGACCGACUUACUAUAAUAACUGAUUACGAACGAGGUUUAAUGAACGCUGUGAGGAUAAUAUUUCCGCAUACCAAGCUUCAGGGGUGUUGGUUUCAUUUCUGUCAAUCUGUUAUCCGGUACUGUAAAAGAAGCAUGCAUAGUCUAUACGAUCUAUUCCAAACUACUGUCGAGGCUGCUACAGUUUUACGCAUGGUGUUAGCUCUACCCCACCUUCCUGCUGAAGCCCAAAUAAAUUGUAAUUUUACCAUGUUUGAUGGGUUUCAAAAAAUUAACUUUUGGCUUACAGAAAUAGGCGCUGUAAACAUAAGUGUUUUUGGGUCAGAUAUCCGUACCAACAAUUAUGUUGAAUCAUUUCACGCCACACUGCUGACACAAAUUGGAAAACACAUAACAAUUAUUUGA